GCCGCGGGAAGGGCCUGGCAGCCAGCGCCUGCUGGUUACAGCAAGUUUGGCAAGUGGCCCUUCCUGCACUAGGGCGCCACUGCCAAGAAGGCAGGUGUGAGGCUGCUCUGCGCCCUAGCCUCUUCGUCUUCGUUUUCCUUUGUUCCCAGACACCAUCAGCCUGGAAUAGGCUUAGGGGCAGCUCCCGCAGACGCCAGGGCUGUAGGUUCGAGACGCCCCGCCUCCUCCUGCCACUUAGAGCCAUCAGUGACGGAAGAACCUUCCAGUCGGCGGCAAAAGUCUCCUGUAACUGCAGAGGUUUUCGGAACUUUGCAAGCAGAGGCAAGCUGGUCCAUUGACUGAAAGCCACGCCACUCCUGCUGCUAGCCUGCUACACCCCUCAGACCCGAAGAGACUACUCUCCCAGCGGCACCGACGCCCCAACUUUUGAUUCUUGCGGUUUGUGUUGUCUACCGGGGUGCAGAGCUACAUUGCCGGAGGCGCGCGUCUUUUGAAGACCGCGCCAUUCACACAGCCUAGCUCGCUCUUUUCGCAGGAGUGAAGGGGCUGGGUGCCUGAUCCAGGACCGCAUAGGAGCUCGGGAGGAACUGCCUUCGAGAAGUUUAAGAUCGGAGCUCCGUCGGGGCCUCUUACUCCAAACCAUAGUGAGUUCAGGUGUUUCCUCUCUAAACCCUGCGCCUGGAGCAAAUAAUCCGCGAGGCCCGGCUGUAAGCGCGGGGAUCCCUGUCGCCCCGUCGGAGUGACAAACCAUGGCCGGCUGCUGCUGUCUGUCUGCGGAGGAGAAAGAGUCGCAGCGCAUCAGCGCGGAGAUCGAACGGCAGCUUCGCCGCGACAAGAAGGACGCGCGCCGUGAGCUAAAGCUGCUGUUGCUGGGAACUGGCGAAAGUGGGAAAAGCACCUUUAUCAAGCAAAUGAGGAUAAUCCAUGGGUCUGGCUACAGUGAUGAAGACAGAAAGGGCUUCACCAAGCUGGUUUACCAAAACAUAUUCACCGCCAUGCAAGCCAUGAUCAGAGCAAUGGACACCCUGAGAAUACAAUAUGUGUGUGAGCAGAAUAAGGAAAAUGCCCAGAUCAUCAGAGAAGUGGAAGUAGACAAAGUCUCGGCACUCUCCCGAGACCAGGUGGCAGCCAUCAAGCAGCUGUGGCUGGAUCCGGGAAUCCAGGAGUGUUACGACAGGAGGCGGGAAUACCAGCUGUCAGACUCGGCUAAGUAUUACCUGACUGACAUUGACCGAAUCGCCAUGCCCUCUUUCGUGCCAACGCAACAGGAUGUCCUUCGUGUUCGGGUGCCCACCACUGGCAUCAUAGAGUAUCCAUUUGACUUGGAGAACAUCAUCUUCCGGAUGGUGGAUGUUGGUGGCCAGCGCUCUGAGCGACGGAAGUGGAUCCACUGCUUUGAGAGCGUCACCUCCAUCAUUUUCUUGGUUGCUCUGAGUGAAUAUGACCAGGUCCUGGCUGAGUGUGACAAUGAGAACCGUAUGGAAGAGAGCAAAGCCUUGUUUAAAACCAUCAUCACCUACCCCUGGUUUCUGAACUCAUCUGUAAUUUUGUUCUUAAACAAGAAGGAUCUUCUGGAAGAGAAAAUCAUGUACUCCCAUCUAAUUAGUUAUUUCCCAGAAUACACAGGACCAAAGCAAGAUGUCAAAGCCGCCAGGGACUUUAUCCUGAAGCUGUAUCAAGACCAGAACCCUGACAAAGAGAAGGUCAUCUAUUCUCACUUCACAUGUGCUACAGACACUGAGAAUAUCCGCUUUGUGUUUGCUGCUGUCAAAGACACAAUCCUCCAACUAAACCUCCGGGAAUUCAACUUGGUGUAAAUGCUGUGACCCACUCCUCCCAGACAGAGGGUGAUCUCCGGGCCAGGCUCCAAGGACAUUACGUAGCCCACAGGGACAGAGAUGGAUAGUGUAACCUCAAGGACACUUGCUCUACCAACUCUUUUAACUGUCAUCAACUCUUGUCUUUACUUACCUUUUGGCUGUGAGGUCAGGCAUAAUUUCUGAGUUUGGUAUUUUAUAGAAUUUCAAAGGCUACUGUGACGCCCCUCCCCCCUCUUAAACUAAAAUGUUCAAUCACUAACAGAGAGGACUUGUUAAUUUACAGAUCAUGCCUUCAGACCUCUAGGAUUAAUUCAGGUGACUAAGAAAUCUUAAUAGAUUUAAUGCUUUUUAAAUAAACCUUGAAAGAUAUUUCUUACAUUUCUUCCCCUCAUCUAACAUUUGUACCAAACAACCAAAGACUUUCUAUGCAUCCCCCCCCACCGACCCUUAUUAUUUUAAUUUUUUACUUUUAAAGGCAAGGCCUUAAGUGACCCAGGCAGGCUUCCAAUCCGCAUCUGCUGUGUCAUUGAGGAUGGCCUUGAUCCUCCUGCCUGGACUCCCCAAGUGUUUGUUGGAAUUGUUGGUGUUCAGCUAAGAUUAUUUUCUUUUCUGAGACAAGGUCUCAUGUAUUCCAUGUUGGUCUCAAACAUAGUACAGUCGAGGAUGACCUUAAACUUCUGAUUCUCUUGUCUUCAUAUAUAUAGCCUAAUUAGAGCAGGAGAGUUUUCACCGUUGCUAAUUAUUCCUGACAUCAAGAGGUCUCAAACUGUAUGAUUUGACAUUGAUAUUUACAGGUUAGUAAGUGCUAGGAUGUAUGUCAGUACGAUCAGCUUAUGCGAUGCUUGGGAUGGAACCCAGGGUGCUGUGCAAGCCCCCAGCAAAGUUUUCUUAAAAGAAAAAAACAAAACAGUAGUUCUAUUCUUGUCAACUUUCUAAGCCAAAUUAAUAUUAUCCCAUCUUCUAAUUUAAUUUUGCCACAAUUUGGUGGUGAAGACUACGCCAAGAGGAGAAACGGACUUUAGAUAGUGCAUGUGUGUAUUUUAAUGCGUAUGGUCAGGUCUUUAUAAACUUACGGAAUGGCUAAAGCAUAACUUGUUUAACAAAUGUCAUGUAAGCCUUGCCAAAACUGGUGGUAAUCACAAAUCUGCUAUGUCUGAACUGUGUACACUGUGCCUUUCUGGAUACUGAGAAUAUACUGUUCU